AGCAGCCGCCCGUGCCAGCGGACGACCAUUCUCUCAUCGGUUUGGAAAGCAUCCUGAACAGCUAUUCCCAAGCGCGAGGAAGUCAUCGUCGGUAGCUGCACACCAACUCUCCAUACAGUUUUGUGAAUUUGUGCUCUUCAAGAAUCGAAAACUCGCUUCAUCAUGCGUGAGUGCAUUUCCGUACACGUCGGACAGGCCGGUGUCCAGAUCGGUAACGCCUGCUGGGAGCUGUACUGUCUCGAGCAUGGUAUCCAACCGGACGGCCAGAUGCCGUCGGACAAGACGAUCGGCGGUGGUGACGAUUCGUUCAACACCUUCUUCUCCGAGACCGGCGCUGGCAAGCAUGUGCCACGUGCCGUGUUCGUCGAUCUGGAGCCGACGGUCGUGGAUGAGGUACGCACCGGCACGUACCGCCAGCUGUUCCACCCGGAGCAGCUGAUCACCGGCAAGGAGGAUGCGGCGAACAACUACGCCCGUGGCCAUUACACCAUCGGCAAGGAGAUCGUCGAUCUGGUGCUGGACCGCAUCCGCAAGCUGGCGGACCAGUGCACCGGGCUGCAGGGUUUCCUGAUCUUCCACUCGUUCGGUGGCGGUACCGGUUCCGGCUUCACCUCGCUGCUGAUGGAGCGUCUGUCGGUGGAUUAUGGCAAGAAGUCGAAGCUCGAGUUUGCCAUCUACCCGGCGCCGCAGGUAUCGACCGCCGUGGUCGAGCCGUACAACUCCAUCCUGACGACGCACACCACGCUCGAGCACUCGGACUGUGCGUUCAUGGUGGACAAUGAGGCGAUCUACGACAUCUGCCGCCGCAACCUGGACAUCGAGCGUCCGACCUACACCAACCUGAACCGGCUGAUCGGUCAGAUUGUGUCGUCGAUUACGGCGUCGCUCCGCUUCGACGGUGCGCUCAACGUCGAUCUGACCGAGUUCCAGACCAAUCUGGUGCCGUACCCGCGCAUCCACUUCCCGCUGGUGACGUACGCGCCCGUCAUCUCGGCCGAGAAGGCGUACCACGAGCAGCUGUCCGUGUCGGAGAUCACGAACGCCUGCUUCGAGCCGGCCAACCAGAUGGUGAAGUGCGACCCGCGCCACGGCAAGUACAUGGCGUGCUGCAUGCUGUACCGCGGCGAUGUGGUGCCGAAGGACGUGAAUGCGGCCAUCGCCACGAUCAAGACGAAGCGCACGAUCCAGUUCGUGGACUGGUGCCCGACCGGGUUCAAGGUGGGCAUCAACUACCAGCCGCCGACGGUGGUGCCGGGCGGCGAUCUGGCCAAGGUGCAGCGUGCCGUGUGCAUGCUGUCCAACACGACGGCCAUUGCGGAGGCGUGGGCCCGGCUGGACCAUAAGUUCGAUCUGAUGUACGCGAAGCGCGCGUUCGUGCACUGGUACGUCGGCGAGGGUAUGGAGGAGGGCGAGUUCUCGGAGGCGCGUGAAGAUUUGGCCGCGCUGGAGAAGGAUUACGAGGAGGUCGGCAUGGAUUCGGGCGAUGGCGAGGGUGAGGGUGCUGAAGAGUACUAAAAUCCCUUCCCCCAACACGGAAAAAGGGCAAUUUUGCUCUGUGAAAUGGAAAACAUUUCCCACCCCGCACUCGAUCGCGAAGACGAAAAUGCCGGUUUUCUCCAUUUUGAAGCACAAAUUCAAAAUUCCCAGAAGAGGUUGGUGUGCAUUUUAACUUAAUUUAUUCUCUGUUGAUGAAAUAAAACAAUUCCAACAAACAACAUAA